AUGGUAUUAAAGAUUAACUCUGAAGCAAUUGGACAUAAAAUUAGUUCUCUUGAAGAUCAAUAUUAUAGUUUAAAAAGGCACCAUGAAUCCCGUUUAAAGGACUUAAAUUUAGAAAUUAAAGAGCUUUCAAAACUCAUAAGCAAAGAACAAAAUAAUCUUCAAGAAAUUAAGUCCAGAAAAGAAAGCCAGCUUAGGGAUCUUGAGUUAAGGAUAUCAAAUCAAAUUCUAGAGUUACGGGAAAUUAGAAAUGAAUCUGAUACUGUAAUUGAAAACAAAAUUAAGGAACACAUCCACAGAAUGGAAACUUUAGAAUUCAACAAAUCAUCAGAAAUUGAUAUUCACAGAGAAGAUCAGUUUGAGGAAAUCUCAAAGUCAUUAAAUGAUUUAACACAAAAAGUUGAAUGCUUAAGAAAGAAAAGGUUAGUUAAGAAUGAAAAUUACUUAAUAAUUUACCCUAUUUCUGAACUCUCUUAA